AAAGGACACAAGGUUAGGCCAAGGCUUGCUCUGCUAAUGGACAAGAAAAUUCCUGUCCCCAGUCUGAGGACUUUGGAAGCAUGCCAAAGAGUUGCCUUGGUCACUGCUUCCUCAUUUGCCAGCAGACCUGUAUAAGGAUUUCCAUCAAGCCUGAAGGUAGAGAGUGAAGACUUGGAACUUGAAGAUUCACUGGGAGCUGCCACCACCAACUGCACCGUGCGGUGUGGACGGACAGAGGGAGAAGGAGUAGGAGUUUUGAGAGUGAAAUGACAACACCCGGGAAUUCAGCGAGUGGCACUGUCCCAGCACAGCCUUUGAGAGGCCCUAAUACCAUGCAGCCUGCCAAAAAAGUAGUUCUCAGGAGGAUUUCUUCUUUCAUGGGCCCUACGCAAAGAUUUUUCAUAAGGGAAUCGAAGGUUUUGGGAGCUGUCCAGAUCAUGAAUGGGAUUUUCCACAUCGCCCUGGGGGGUAUCCUAAUGAUCCCCAUGGGACCUUAUGCUCCCAUCUGUGUGACUGUGUGGUACCCUCUCUGGGGAGGCAUAAUGUAUAUUAUUUCCGGAUCAGUCCUCGCAGCAGCAAAGAAAGACUCCAGGAAGAGUUUGGUCACAGCAAAAAUAGUAAUGAACUCAUUGAGCCUCUUCACUUCCAUUUCUGGAAUGAUUCUUCUGGUCAUGGACAUAUUUAAUAUUAAAGCUAUCCAUUUUUUGAAAAUGGAGAGUCUAAAUCUUAUUAAAGGUUAUACGUCACUUAUUAACAUAUACAACUGUGAAGCAGCUGACAAAAAUUCUGAAUCUAUACACUACUGUUACAGCAUGCAAUCGGCGUUAUUGGGCCUUUUGUCGGUGAUGUUGAUUUUUACCUUCUUCCAGGAACUUGUGACAUCUGGCAUUGUAGAAACUGAAUGGAAAAGGAUGUGCUCUGGGCCCAAAGCUAAUGUGGUUCUCUUGUCAGCCGAUGGAAAAAAAGAACAGGAAACUGCUAACGAAGUGGUUCUAGUAACUGCAGUAACUUCCCAACCAAAGGAUGAAGAUAUUGAAAUUAUUCCAGUUCAAGAAGAAGAAAUGGAAGUAAACUUUCCAGAACCUCCCCAAGAUUAAGAAUCCUCACCAGCAAAAAAUGACAGCUUUCCUGAAGCUAGUCCUUCUGUCUUCUCUUUCCUUGUUGUAAGCAUUAGUGUUCACAGCUUCCAGAAGACACAUUUUCCCCCAUUCCUUGGGGAUAUUCUGUACAUAUUCUCCACACUCUCUUUUGAUUUUUGCAUGCAGUCAACACUGCUCCCCCUCUCUCACUUUCAGAGAACACAGCCAUUGUAGCAGAUGUUAUUAUUAUGUUUUUUGUCUGGGGUGACUUUCUUUUACUGAAAAAAGGCAGAGUAAACAUGGCAGCAUGUGAUUCCCCAUUAGUCUUUUCCUUAGACGUUUUUUAGUACU